AUGGCGACCUCACCAACACAUACGGGCAUUUCCGUAUGGACAGCUCGUACUGUCAGCGGAUUACAAGUAAGGCCCUAUCGAUACCUCAUGUAAGAACUACUUACCCGACGCCAUCGAAAAAGGUCGGAAGACGUGUCUUGAAGCGGUGAGUCCAUUUUUAUACUUUCUAACGACAACACAAAGGCAAUACUGUUCUAUAUUCAUGUACUAAUCCCCACCAAUCUACAACUGGAACGUCCUGGACAUUUGGCACUAUUUUUUCCGCAUAGAUAUGCAGUUACCAGCACCUUUUCACGUUUUGUGGCGCCAUGUUUGUUGGAUGUAGCGCAGUUUGGGAUUUUGGUUAAAAUUAAUUAGCUUAUAACUGUUCAGUACUCCAUAAAAUCUGUAUUUGUAUCAAACCUGCAUCCAAAUCUCGUACAUCGAAGGUUCACAUGCAGGUGAACCAGAAAGUUACAUGGAUAAAAAAUUAUAUUGUGGUUCAAUUUUAUCCUUGGUAUAAAUUAUUUUCCUUUUUUUCAAACUCAUUAUCAUACAUUACCAUACCCCAAAACAAAGGAAAUAAAAUUUAAAUCAAGGAUAAAAUUCAACCACAACAUUUACAUCACUUUGUGCAAGAGGAGUACUGUAUUAUCUGGGUUUACGGUCAUCUAGCCACUAACGAAAUUGCUACCAAGAAGUCUACUCGCCACCACAUAAUAACUCUGCAACAAUUAUUGACGCUGUUUACGUACCUGGGGUUGUUUCUUCUUCCUCAAGCCCAAAAAUACGUUUAUCGAUUUUAUUGACACCUUGCUUCGAACUUCUCAUCUUUAGUUUUAUUUUUGUGAAUAAUUACGACUUUUUAAUACCUUAAUGUGUCUUAUUUGCAUAGCUUGAGAGGUGCAAUUUGUUUAAAAUCCAACAGUCUUUCUUUUGUAAGUUGGUUAAUAUUGUCAUUUGAACCUUACUGCCUUAAAUUUCAUUGUAAAUUUAAAGUGAAAGAAUUCUUUUUUCAGACUUGUCCUUUUGAUAAGUAUUAAGAUUAAAAAAUCUUGGUGGUGAUUUUUUGUUGGUGGCAAGGUGACCGGAUAUCAUUAUACGUAUAAAGGGUUUUGUUUAUCGUUUACCUCAUGGUUGUCACUUCGAUACUGAUCAUGAUGUUUCAACCACUUACUGCGGGUCUUCAUUAGGUGAUAGUAUGGAUUUACUGAGUACAACGUAUUUGUACCACUGUGGUUGUUAGUGAUUGGUGUAUCACGAACUCCACUUAUGGCUCAUGGAAGUGUGUUAUGGAACGGCUUGCCUCUGGAGAUGCAGCAACUGACAUCCCUUAAUGCCAGAUGUUGAACUUUUCAUGAGAAGAACCAAACUUAGUUAAGUUCAUGAAAAGUUCGACAUCUGGCUCAUUUAAGAUCUUCUGAAUGAGUUGGAUCGUCCAACACAUUCUAUCCGUCUGCUUCAGACAGAUAGAACAUCUGAAGAUUGUCUUCAGGACAAACGCCGACCCUCACAUGCGGCGAACUAAACUACCGGUAAUAAAUUAAAAAUUUGUUUCAUAAUGUAUAUUUAGUCCCGCUUGGGAGAAAAUUUAUUAAAAUUGCUUUUUGGUCUGAUUCAGUUGAUUGGUUCAGCGUUUCCUAAGUUCAAUGACCGACCCAACAGACAAUCUUAACUGAAUAUAGGUCGACCCAAAUUAGAUUUUGGUUUGUCUCAUGAAAAGUUCAACAUUUGGCCUAGGCCUUACCUACCUACCUACCUACCUAGCAUCUUAGGAGAGGCAUUUAUUAGACAACAGGUAUUUAUUUAAGAGAGGGAAUCUAUCAUCUACGGUAUCUAAGCUGACUUUCUGAGAAUUUUCCACCACAUUCUCCUGACACUGUAUUGUGCUUAAAACAGAUAGAAUUCAAUGAAAUAAUGUUCAUCAUUUCUCCGUUUUGCAGCAGCUGAUGUGAACUGCAAGCCACAGCAGAUACUUCUCACCAUCAGGGCCAACAUGUGGAAUCGCUUUGCUGUGAACCUUAGCAGACUGAGCGUUUUUCAACAUGUUGCACCUGCCUCAGAGAAAAGCGUUUUACCUUUAGCAGUCACGUAUCUCCGUGCCCUCUCAACCAGCUCGAUAUCAGAAGGUCGAACACACUACUCGUUCGUAAGGGUACCUCGCAGCAUUGGAAACAUCCCUAUUCCAAGUUCUCUAAAGGAUGGAACCGUUCGGAGGCAUCGUGGACGGUCAGGGCGAAAUGACACUGGACGAAUCGUCAUCCGUCACCGUGGAGGGGGUCAUUCACAGACGUAUCGCAUUGUGGACUUUGUAAGGGCUCCUGAGAUUAAAAAGAGUGAAGAACCGAGGACAGUGAAAGAUAAAGUCUUUACAUAUAGGUUAUGA